AUGGCUAUGGGAUCCGACGAACAGCAAGUCCUGCAUCCCUUUUUUCGACAAGAAUUCGGACUUUCUGUUAAAUCUACGCAUCCCAAUGACCUGCCUCCGACAACUAAUACCCAGCCAAACGAGGCUACACCGAGAAGCAACGAGAACUCAGCUUGCGAACAGAGACAGCAUAACCCCACGGAAUACAAAAUCAAAGCUUCGCAACACGCUAACGAGAGCUCCAACGACAUUGAAGAAGAUCCCAACGAAACAAGAAGGAAGAGGCGGAAGACCGAUAAAACCCAACCUUCAGAAACAACCGCAACCUCCAAUGUUGGAAUUUCAGCAUGGCUCGGUGGUGGCCUCCCUGAGGCCAUGACGAAAUCCGCCGAUAUUAACGAUACCGAUGUCGAUUUACCUUCUCAGCCUCUGCUGGCAGAGGCCCAGCUCGAUACAAAUGCAGCCACAAUUUCGACUUCUACGCAACAAGACAGCCCAGAUAAUCCAAUCGGAAGGUCAUCAGCGAGACAGAAGACUCUGAAAUUGAAUUCAAAAGGGAAAUUCCUCUCGUCACCUGCUUCAAGCCCUCCUCGAGAGACGAAGAGGGGGACAGGCAAGCGAGGAAGGCCCGCAAAAAUACGCUCAAAACUGGUAGUCUUCAAGUACAGAGUUGGUUCAGAAGUCAAGACCGGAGAACUUGUUGAUAACAUCCUGAGUGGCAAAUUGGUUCAUCGUCGUGUGGUCCCUGUUGCCAAACCUACUCUGCCGUCACGCAAGCCAGCAACGAUAAAAUCCUCAAAACCAACCCAUCCAUUCUUUUCAAAAAAGGAUGCACACAAGACCGAUAUCCAGAGUGCUACCGACUCAAAACAACAACCGCAAGAUGGCUUAAAUACAGCAGCCGGGACUUUAGACAACAAGAGACGAGUUGUUGCCGGUUCGAUACCCUCUUUCUCUACAUCUGUCCGCCGUGCGUCCAAAUUUCCCGAACUUCUCGAUCCACUAUGGCCUCCACAAGAUUUCGUGCACGUCAGAGACUUCUGCCCAUCUGAUAAUACCACAGACACGCUAUGCCGGAUUGAGAAUGAUCGAAAGAAGUCGAAGAUUGCGGCGAUGUCAAUUAGAGACGAAGAAAGUGUGCUGCUCACUGGGAUUGCUGAGGCAAGAAGGAUUGCCAUUAAAUCGGAAAUCUCGCAAGACAGCGUUGUUUCUCUUCGACAUCCCAUUCGACAUGUUGCAAGUAAUCAGAUAUUGCGUUCAGCAAUGGAGAAACAAAUGUCUUGGUCCUCGCCGAACCCUCGUUUUCCUUGGAACGCUUCCAGUCCACCUCUCGCCAAGAUUGAAACCUCACUUCUCUCGUCAGUCUCAGCAUUCGAUUGCGGAAAAUACGAAACCCAGCUUUGGACACAGAAGUACGCUCCUAAGGCGGCAGAAGAAGUUCUUCAAUUUGGUCGUGAGCCGCAGAUGCUUCGAGACUGGCUACGCCAUCUUACAAUCACGGCGGUAGACACAGGCAAACCACCGAAAGACACUUCCAAAUCCAAAAUCAAACGCGACAAGAAGCGAAAAAAGCGACAAAAGGCCGACAAGCUCGAUGGAUUCAUUGUGUCAAGCGAGGGAGAGGCCUCAGAGAUGGACACCAUGUCUGGUUCAGACGAUGAGCUCGCUGGAGGUGUGACUCAGCGGACUGUGGUUAGAUCGGGUGACAUGGCUGCAUCAGAGAAAAUCCAAGUCAGUAAUGUGAUUCUCUUGAGCGGCCCUGCAGGUUGCGGCAAAACUGCUUCUGUCUAUGCCGUUGCUAAAGAGCUUGACUUCGAGGUCUUUGAGAUUAAUCCCGGAAGCCGUCGAAGCGCCCGGGAUAUGUUGGAGCGAGUAGGAGACAUGACCCAAAACCACCUAGUCCAUCUUCUUAAUGAAUCGGAAACCCCAACGGAAAGCUUGAAGGAUGAUGGGAAGCAGAAUAAGUUGAUGAGCUUCUUCAAGGGUCCGUCUAAAUCAAAACAGCCUGAAAAUCAACCUGAACCAAGCCCGAUACCAGAAGCAGACCCAAAACGCCCAAGACAACAAAAGCAAUCGUUGAUUCUGCUCGAAGAAGCGGAUCUGCUUUUCGAAGAGGACAAACAGUUCUGGACUGGAGUCCUUACUCUCAUUGCUCAAUCACGACGACCAAUCAUCAUCACCUGCAAUGAUGAGAGUUUAAUCCCCAUUCAGGAUAUGUCGUUGCAUGCUAUCCUACGCUACCAAAAGGCUCCUCAGGAUCUCGGUGUUGACUACUUGCUUCUCAUUGCCGCCAGCGAAGGUCACAUUUUGAAGCGGGAGGCUGUUACCCGCCUUUAUCAGGGCAGUGGAAAGGAUCUUCGAAAGUCUCUGAUGGACCUCAAUUUCUGGUGCCAGAUGGGCGUUGGUAGUGAAAAAUCAGGUCUCGACUGGCUCCUCCCUGCAUGGCCACCUGAGUCUAACGUUGACUUCAACGGGGAUCGAGUUCGAGUCCUUAGUCUGAAUACCUACGAACGUUUUAUGGGAUGGUUCAACCGCGACAUACUUUCAAGUGAAGACACAUUGGAGCAGGAAGCAGAAAUCAACCGAAACACCUUGCAUUGGUGGGGGAUGGGACUUCAAGAAUCGGAAGAUGUGGGUGGCAGGAGUGACGUUGAACUCAUUCCACCUGCUCAAUUCCAAUCGAGCUCUAAGACAGCCCAGCUUGACAUGCUGUGCCGUGAAGCCGAUUACUUUGAGAUGAGAAGCUCAUUGGAUAUCCUUUGCUCCAGCUGCUCGAUCGAUAUGAAUAAUGUAAGUGGGAUUCGUACCUUGGUAGACACACCAACUCACCUCCAGCAGGAUGACAUUGAUAUCUCCGCGCCACCUCUUCCUGAAGGCCACCGAUCCAACUACCUCGACACAUACCCGCUCCUUCAAUCAGACCUGCGUGUCGAACAUUCAUCGAUCAGUGAAUCCGUCAGCACCACUUUCAAUGCCUUGCUAAGCCAAACGUUCCGCCCAACCACCAAAACCGACCUUGAAUCAUCAUACGCUAGUCGAAUCGUGGGCAAGUUAGUUCGUUCUGGACAACCCCAAAUCACUCCUCCAUCCACCCUACCCCAGUUCCAGCGCAUUUUCGAAACCAUCAUGCGCCCCAGUUAUGCGAUGCUUGGCCCCACUCGACCCGCCCCAUCCUUUGAGAAUGGACUCGCAGCCAUCACAGAAGACCUGGCUCCGUACAUCCGAGGAAUCAUGGUAUUUGACGGACGCCUACACCAAUACCGCCAGCAGCUGUAUGAACUCACAGCACAACAACAUCGCGGCGAGAAGCGAUCCCGAACCACACGAGCCAGUCGCGCUGCUCUCGAAGGCGGCGACAAAUCCUCGACGCGCAAGGAGAGGUGGUUUGCCAACGAGGCGCCCUAUUAUCAAAUUCAAGCCACGGCAGGACCGGGCUGGCAACAUGUAUUACAUCAAAUGGGGUACUUUCAUGUCCAGCCCGUGAUCGAGCCGAGCACUGAGACCAGCGAGCCAAUGUCUAUCAACCAGAUUAUUGAGAAUGUCCAGUGA